AUAACCGAAGUAUACAUAUAAACACAUAUAUAAAUUACAUAAUUUCUAUGGAACUAGAUAUUACACAAGAAGUGAGUUAUAAUAUCUGGUGGGAUAUAUUAAAUGUAUAAUGUCAAAUGGGUUCUAAAAUAUUACAUAAGAAGUGAAUUACACGUGUCAAUUGAUGGUCCCCUCGUCGAAUGCAAUCAAAAUGCUUUUGUUGUAACUUUGUAUUCUUAUCGGUGUUUCUGUUUGUACUUUUUAUUUAAAACCUUCCAAAUUAGUGUACAUGACUAUUUACUGAAUUUAGUAAACUAUAUAUGUACACAUAAUAAUUAUGUUGAAAUAUGAAUAAAAAAUAAUCAAACUUUUGGACCCAUUUUUUUUUUCUUUCUUUCAGCUUGACGUAAACUUGUAUUGAACGUAUGUCAUUAAAUAUUAGACGUGGAGAUUGGAAGUGUGUAACUACUACUCACCCGUACGAGAAUAUUCCAAAUGAAUAACAGCACUAAUAGUAACAAUAUUAUAUUUCAUUACUGUAUAUAUCAUAUAUGUGAUGGAGAUAUGUAAGUAUAUAUACACACGCGCAUAACAUGACCACAAAGCAUACAGCAUAUACCCAUAAAUCGAGAGAAGCAGAGACCGGGGAAGGGAUGGGGAGGAGACCUUGCUGUGCAAAGGAGGGUUUGAACAGAGGAGCAUGGACUGCCCACGAGGACAAGAUCCUCAUAGACUACAUUAAAUCCCACGGCGAAGGCGGGUGGAGAAACCUUCCUAAACAAGCAGGUUUGAAGAGAUGCGGCAAGAGUUGUAGGCUUCGUUGGUUGAAUUAUUUGAGACCAGACAUUAAGAGAGGUAACAUAUCAGCCGACGAGGAAGAACUCAUUAUCAGACUGCACAAGCUCCUGGGUAACAGAUGGUCUUUAAUUGCUGGGAGGCUUCCAGGGCGAACAGACAAUGAAAUCAAGAACUACUGGAACACUAACCUGGGAAAAAAGGUUCAACAACGAAAAACUCGAUCCAACGCCGUUUCAGCUUCAAAUGAUAAUCUUGAUAAGGAUUCAAAAAUAGUACGCACCAAAGCGACCAAGUGCACCAAGAAGGUGGUGAUCAACUCCCAAAGCACCAGUGAUGGAGUAGGACAAACGACGCCGUUCAUGGAUACAGUCAGAAAACAGGGAGAUUUCAAUGGAUUAUUGUCGUUUGGUUGCCAAGAAAAUGACACAUCGGAUUUCAUGAUGAUGGAUUGCUUCAACAUGGAUGAUUUUUUCUUAUCGGAUCUUGUCGACUCUCCCGGUUUCUCCGAUUUUAUUAGCUUCAAUUACAGCAGCGAUUUAAAUCCACCUGUAGAUCACCCGCAAGAAAUAGUGCAAGACUCGAAUACUGGCUCAAAUUUACCAUAGUUCUUUUACUUUCAGACGUUGAGACUGCAACAGAUAUGACUAGGAGAAUAAGCAUAUUAUGUGCGUAUAU